AUGGAUUUAAAGAGGAAGGUAGCCUUAGUAACGGGCGCCGCUUCCGGUAUCGGAAAGGCGUUUGCCACAGAGUUGGUGUAUCAGGGCGUUCAGGUGGCCGUAUGCGAUAUCGACGUGGACGAAGGUGAAAAAUUAAUGGAAACUUUAACGUCAGACUACGGAAAAGAUCGCGUAAUUUUCUGUCAGUGCGACGUCACAGACUACUCACAGUUCGAGGAUGCGUUUCAGAAGACGAUCGCAACCUUCGGUCACAUCGACAUUGUUAUAAACAAUGCUGGAAUCAUGAACGAUCGAUUUUGGGAGCUGGAAGUCGAUAUCAACGUCAACGGCGUGAUUCGCGGAACACUGCUUGCUCAACGAUUCAUGGGAACGGACAGGGGUGGUCACGGCGGUAUAGUGGUUAAUAUCGGGAGCAAUGUCAGCAUCAACCCCUACCCCAGCGUGCCAAUCUACUCCGCCACUAAAGCGGCCAUUGUCAAUUUCACCAGAGCGUUCGGGCACCAGUAUCAUGUGGACUUGACCGGGGUGAAGGUGAUGGCACUGUGCCCAAGCGCGACAGACAGUAAAUUGUUGCAGGACGUCAGUAAACAGCUGCUGUGGGCUCGAUACGAGGACGCCUGGCAUCGUGACGCUGCCAGUUCCGUACCACAGAGAGCUGAUCACGUGGCGAAGGCGUUGGUCCACGUGCUGACGACCGGGAAAAGCGGAAGCGUCUGGCUGGUCGAGAAGGACCAACCCCCUCACGAGAUCACAUUCCCGAAGAUCUAAGGAGACCACGAUGGCAUCCAAC